AUGGCUGCAACAACGUCAGACUCCAGCUAUUUCCCAUCCGCGGACAAGUGCCUCGCUGGGGGGACGCGACUCGUCUCAUGGCGAACGGCAUACCGAGCAAUAAGCGACGAGGAUUCCGCCGUGCACAACACCCAUCUUCAGCAGUUCCUGAACGAUUCCCAGACCAUCAGCCUGCUCAGUGCUGCGCUCGAUCCUUUCACGAAGCCAAACUCCAGAAGUGCUGCCGACUUCACGACCAAGACUGCGCCGAUCAACGUCUCGCCAGCAAGCAAUGUCAACUACAACCUGGACGAGUUGAAAGAGGAUGCGCAAUGGCUGUCGAAAGAGGUGCAGAUUGAGGAGCUUGCAGCGCUGCGCAUGGCAAUUAUUGAGUGGCAGGAGCGGCCGGCGGAUCAACUGCUGAUCACGGCAUCGAAUGGACCAAAUCCUCUGUCAGGACCGGCAAAUCUCACGAGCUCCGUGUUGACACGAGAUUCGUUCAACUUUUCAGCAUCUACAACGACAGCUGCACGACCUACGCUGGAUUUCGGCAAGCAGGAUGUGCGGCGGGCGAGACUGUUGAAUGUGUACCUGAGCGAGACGAGUCAUUUGUUGAAGCUGAGUGCGGACCUCGUGGGCCGUGUCAAGGUGGGCAAGGAUGACACUCAAGGGAUGCCCUCCGGCUCACUAAGAGGAGGUUUGAAGACCACGUGGAUCGACGAGGUCGCGCAUAAGAUCGAGGACACAAUGUGCGCGAGUAGGCAGGUCGCGGAGAGCGAAGCAUUCUGCGUCAAAUGUAUCGAGAAGACAGAAAGCUUGCUCGUUGCGGGAACCGGGCAGACUUCCUCGCCAAAGGUAUUCACGGAUGAUCCAACGAAAGCCCAGAGCUACUUGGAUGCUCGACUUGUCGAUCUCGUCAGCACGUUACGCCUUUUGCUUUCGGCGAUCUAUGCUCUGGAUGGUGUGCCCAGCGCUACGACUGUGCAGAACUGGUUUCUAACAAUGGAAAGGCAUCUUUUCCUUGGAAAGGGGGACUCUCCUCUGGCGGACCUCUCCGUGCCACAAGCUCUCGCCUCCGUCAUUUCUGUGGAGAUCUUGAAGGUCCAAUUGGUCACCGGAGAAAUCUUGAACGCAGCUGGCGUCGAUGCACCUGCGCUCAAAGGCGCCUCCUACAUCAAAGACGAAAGGUGCAUUGCUGCGAUGAAUUCCAUAUUCUACGGCGUCACCCAACUGCAACUUUCUAUUGCCGCUCCUACUUUGUGGGCAUGGGCGAUCAUCACGUCCACGAUUCGCGAAAUUGCUGUCGCGCACCGCGAAAGGAAUUCGCAUCUGAUUGAGCAAGGAGAUAGUGGCUCUGAAGGCCACAUGCGCUCGGCAAGACGCGGGUCGAAAGCAGUACAGUCGGAGUUCGAAAAGUUAUAUGACCAGCUUUGCAGUCCGGACAUGGAAGAGCACAGGGAUGAUCCGCCUCAAUUCUUCGCCGCUGAAUCGGUGGACCGCAUGCGUGUCUUUGUCAUGAUGGACGAAAUAGCUUCGGCGGUCAGCGCAGUCUUCAGCUCUGCAUCGGAAUCCUCCACUGCUUUCAUCGGAAAGGCGACGUUCUUCGACCUGAUCAGGCAAAGUCUACCAUUUGUGCAGUACGGCGAGGAGCUACUACAAGCGAUCCUGUCAUUGUUGGAGCCUCGCGAUGGCGAAUCUUCACAGGCACACUCCAGUGCGCUGGCGGGCAAGUUUCUUCGCGACUUCGAGCAACUCAGACCUGCUGUCCUGGACCAGGCAUUGGCACGUUAUCCAUAUGAGCUCUCGCCCGUGCUGCGCUUGUUCACCCUACUGGCAGGUGCCCAAAGUGGCUCCAUCGAUAGCGAAGAAGCACUGGACAUCGCACAGAUCCUCGACCGCCUCACGAGCUUCACUCGGAUGCUGCCAGAGAGCUUCCGAUCGUAUGAUUUGGAGAAUGAAGACGACAACAUCAACAUGAUCUCUCUCACUGCUCCGCUAUCGAUCUUUCGACCGAACGAGCAGAUCUCGAGGUCUUCGCAGCGCGCAAUAACCAUGGGUGACGAGGGAGGCGACUCGAGCGCACGCGAGAUACCAAAUCGCACUGUUGGUAUCGUUGUAAGAGAGCCCCGGCCUUUCAUCGUCAAAUUCGAACAUGAGCACUCUGGGCUCGAAUACCUGGGCCUGCUACUGUCCUCCUUCACCGUGAACAAUGAACUGGUGCCUAUGGCAGCACACGCCGAGGUGGAUCGGAUAACCGCGACAGAGACAAUCACGCUGUUUGCAGCCCUGCUGAAGAGCUCGCUGAACCGUCGCAACGGGCAGGAUGUUGCGCGUAAUCUCCUCUGCUGUAUCAGCUCCGUCUUGCGCGGCGGCCAGGAUAUCGUGAACACCAUCGCAGACAUUUUCGAGAACGAGCUCCUCGCUCAUCUCGACCAGGUCGCCCAACCUGGCUCAGUGGAGCUCGCAGUGUCUUGUGCCGACUUUCUGACCGUUCUUGUCGGACUGUCGCCAGAGAGGACAUGGUCCAUCCUCAAUCGAAGCAGCCUACUGGGUCUCGUGAACGGAGCGUCUUCUUUGGCAUCGGUUGUAGGAGGUACAGAGGUGCAGCUUGGGCGCUACAAUUUCCUCGCCGCCUGCGUCAAGCUUCACUCUGUAUUGUUAAGCGAUGCUGUUGCAGGUCUUGUCAAACGCAAGAGUCUUGCUCCGAAAGCAAGGAAUCGAUUCGAGUCACAAACCCAGGGGUUCGACGCAACUCCUGAGCGCACCAUGAGCGCUGUCCUCAACGCUUACCAGAAAAUUCUGAUCGAUGCACUCCAAAGCAUGCCGAGCUGGAAGUUUGACGUCCCUGUCGAGCGAUGCAACAUCACGACCGACAUCCUCGAUGACUUCAACAGGUUACUGAUCAGCACCUACGGCAUUGGUACUGGGGAAAGUCCAUCCAGUCGACUAACUCUUGUCCUUACACCUGCAGCUGCAGCACUCCUAGAUGCUGCGGCUCCCGCAAAUGGUCCCAGCCCUUUGGUUGCAACAUUUUCACGGACUCUGUCUGAAGGCCUGCCGGUGGCCAGCGACUCCACUCCUAUGCAGUUCCGAAAAGUCGUAUUGCAACAAACCAGUUCUGGGCUUCGAUUCUUGGUCACACUAGUACGGGCCGCGAAAAAACUACGAGCAAAGAAUCUCUCGUCCGGCGUUCUGCAAAGCAUGCCAAUCCUUGCCUCUCUUUUGGCAAGCGAUCAUGCCUUCAAAGCGGACCUAUUCCCUCUGCUGACAGAAGUCGUGCAAUCGGUCGCGUCUGGAGACGAGGACCCGCCAUCCAUGCUUGCACAACUCGAUGCUGAAGCUGCGAAGGCCUUCCUCAUGGUAGUCACCCAGCUUGACCGCCCUCUCUGCGAUGUGGCCGUCGAACGACAAAUAUGGGACUUUUUGUCAGUGGUCAUGGAAAGCAAGCAACAUUGGUUCGCCAUUUAUCUGCUCACAGGCGCCCUUCCAAAGACAAGAGCACAUCGGCUACAAUCGGAGACCAUUAAAGGAAAGCCAAUUUUGAAUUACGCCCUUGAUCAGCUCUCCUCUAUCGCGGUACUGCCUCCCAAGCGUGCCAUCAGCAUGCUCAAGUUCGUGGCCGUGGCACAGCAAACAUGGGUCUGGGCAACGAACGAGUUGCGGACACACGCCGAGUUCCUCAAGAAUACACUCGCUUGGCUGAAUACGCUCUCAGCAACGAAGCCGAAGGAUACGACCACAGCAGCAGCCUUGAUCAGUGCUAGGGAGUGCGAAAUGGCAGCCUGUUUGUGUGAGAUUCUCGCAAUCAAUCUUCACACGAGCCUCGAGGUUGGUGACAAGACGGUUUUGAAGACUCUGGCCCCGAAGCUGUCUUUCCUUCGCGAUCAUGCUGUCGCGGUCGAUGCAUACAAUAGAUCAAAUCACCAAAACUUGGCUGCGAACAUCAAGAGCAUCUUCCCACAGAGGGAGCUCUCUGACUUCGAGCGAACUGCAGUCAACCCCGCGCCUUUGGGAGAGGACUUCUUUUACGAUCGAGACAUUGCAACGACCGUGCUCCGCCACCAUUCUUCGUGGUUCGGCGUUUCUACGAGCAAAGAUCAGGGCUUUGUGGACGAGUUCCCGCGUGUGAAUGCCAACUUGAGCCUGCUGUACGCCCAGACUGCGUUGCUCAGGAGCUGGAAACGUCUCGCGACGACAUUGUGCGAGUGUGUCGGGCAGGACGCAGCGCUCCAAUCCGACUUGGCCAAAGUCGCAGAGAAUUGCUUGCUCGCCAACACAGACCCGACCCUUGAUCAGCCUGGGGUGGCCGACGUGCUCCAGCUGAGACUCGAGCUGGCAUUUGUGAUCACAUCCAAGCUGGUUGCCCUCCAAGCAAACGGCGACUUCAUGAAGCCUCUUCUUGCCGCUGCGUGGGGUCUUGUCCGGACCUCACCGGUUGACUAUGAUGUAGCAACGGCUGCUGAAGACAUGCGUUAUUACCGCGAACUCUUACAGGUCCUAUACCUCACUAUUCAGCCUCACAGCUACAUGAAGAGUCGACCGACACCGUCACAUGCUACCCAAGAAACGGAACCCUACUACCUCCACCCGACUAUCGCUUCGAUACUAGUAGACAUUGUCGGGAAAGUCAUCACUCCUGGAUUCCGGGCCUUGUGCGGCAAUCUACAUAACAACAUCGAGCUUGCAUUACCCGCCGACUUUGCCCUGCUCACCGCGUUGCUGCAAGCCAUUCUGACAGUUCCUGGCAUUACCUCCGUGUGGACAAUUCUAUCCGAUAUCAUCGCAGGGUCCUCGGUCGUCCGCGGAGCGCUCAGCUUGUAUUCUUGGGCCGAUCAACUGGCGGAAGAAAUGCAUCAAGAUCCCAUCUACGGCGAGAUCGCCAUCGCAUUCCUCCUCUCGCUAUCCACCGUGCGACCCGUGGCUGAGCAAAUGGCGCUUGAAGGGGUUUUAACGCAAGUGUCUGCUGCGAACCUGUCCAAUUACUUCCGAAAGCCGGGUGGAAAGGGACCAUUCGACGAGCCACAGCGAAUGUUCGCCAUCUGGAGCGAGGGCUUCCUGCCGCUUUGUCUCAACCUGGUGGAUUCUGUUGGGCCACCCAUCGCAGGCGAAGUCGCCAGCUUCCUGAACACUUUCCGCGAGCAGUUGCAACGAGCAGAGAAGUCUCUACAGAACGAGAACCCUGGACCUCGAAACCCACGAGCUGGCACAGUCACGCUUGGCCUGGUCACAGAAGCGCAUAGCUUGUUGAUGAUCGCAUUCAUCCUCAACUCGGAUACGGCGCGUGCUGCUGCGGACGGCAUCAAUGCCGCGGACAUACCUGCUCUAGAGUAUGACUUUGAAGGCGUCAAGGGUUUGACUGAGUCGCUGGUGCGGAGUAAGAGGAGCCUUGCGGAUCGUAUUGCGCCCACGAGUCCGCUCGAGGAGCGGUGGUCCAAGACUUCAGUGUCGGGAGCGAGCGACAACUUGCUGAUGCAGAAGAUUCUCAAGGAAUUGGUCAGCAUGCAGGAAUGUUUCGGUGGUGAAUCUGAUUAG